CCUGGUCCUAAGAAACGACAGCCCACUGCCCAUGGCAUGGCAUCUCAGUGGGCUGGACGACCUUGGAGAUGAGUUCUCUGCAUCGCAAGGCAGGGGCAUCGUUGGGCCCCGCACAGACUUUGAGGUGAAGCUGGAUUUCAAGGCCGAGAAGAUUGGCAUCACAAAUAAGAUGAUCCAACUAGAGGUUUCAGAUACAGAAAACAUCCUGGGCAUUGUUCAAGCUGAAACCAUCAAAGUCUCUGUGGAGGUCUACGAUGUUAAUCUGAGCAUCAACAUGCCUGAAGGUCCAGAUGGCAGCUUGGAAUUUGGAACCAUUAAUGUCCUGGAUAAUAAGAAGCAAGUCCUGAGUCUGCAGAACAAAGGCUUAUAUGACAUUGAGUACAGGUGA